AUGCAGAAGAUCCAGAAACUCCCAGUGGGUACUGCCGUCUUCUAUAAGUCAGUGGAGGCUGUGAAGGAGGUGAGAGCUGGAUACCUGUACAAGUCUCCGCCACCUAAAGUGCUGUCCACAGAGAAAUCGUGGAAGAGGCGUUUUUUUGUUCUGUUCAAAGUAAACGAGCAGGACCACCAGCUCAAGUACUUCAAGAGUGCAGAGGAGCGGGACAAGGCCAUCGGCGAGAUAGAUUUAACACGGAUCUCACUGUUGUCUAUAAGCCCCCAACACCACCCAAAGUGGGGAUGGGUCAGCAAGAACGUCAAGUGUUCACCGUCCUGCGUGCUCUAUGUCAAGGCUGGCGAGCGAGAAUACUUCCUUGUGGGAGAGGACAGCCAGGAAGUAGAUGACUGGUUCUUGGACCUAUUUGAUGCCCUGAAAAAACAUCCUCAUGGAAUCCCAAGUGAUGAGGCACGGGACGUGAGAAUACGAUCCAGGUCUGACCCCGCUAAUAUGCGGUCAAAGUCUGAGAUGGAAAAGAGAGCUGGAGCUCAUAAUGAACCGAGAUAUGAUGAUGACGACUACAAUACCUACAUGACCAUGGGGAAAGUAGUGGAGCUGGUGGGGCGGGCGUGUCCGGAGCCCCUGACAGGCUGCAGGAGUGAGAAUGGAGCUGACUCCCCUGUAGAGGAGCUGAAACCACAGACCCUUCCCAAGCCGAGAAAGAGAAGCUCCCUCAGCCCUGAGGACAUGACCCCAGAAGAAAAAGACAUCGAGGUCAACAGGGCAGAUUUGAAAAAACACCUGACACUAACACGCGUGGAUGGGAAACCAUGUGUGUUGGGCUGGACAGGCCAGCCACAGAUGAUUUGCCUGUUCCACAAAGGAGACCAGAUUCUGGCCAUUAAUGACUUGCACACCAGCAAUGUGGAGGAGUUCCAUAUGUACCUCAGCAAGCUGCUCAAGAACAAGGUGAAGCUGACCAUCCUGCGCCAGCCGGGGAGCCAGCCUCUGCACUCGCCCAGCUGCCUCUGCAGCGACCUGCCAGGAGUGUAA